GACACAACGACACACGUCCUCUCUCACGCUCUUCAGCGCGUCCGCACCCUCAAAACAUCACUACACAACCCGUUCAGGACCGCGAGGAUGACAGAAGUCGCAAGAGCCCCGGCCCCCCUCUCUCUCGGCCCUGCCUUUUCGCCUCAGAAACCCGCAGAGGAAACAACUUCGUAUCGACCUGUGAAGGAUAAAGAAGCGUUCCGGAAACUGGUGCCCCCCGUCGAGUUCGUCGAGGGCUCUUCGUCGGGCGCGUUCGCUAUCCCAGAGGGCAAAUUCCAGCCCAUCAACGACGGGCCUUCGAGCUCGAGUGGGUCCAAGCAUGAGCCGGAAUCCCCACGCGCUCCAUUGUCGUCCUCCCCCGCCACCCCGAAGGAAUCAAAGUUUGCCCCUGCAAAGACCUCCACCCCACUCUCGACGAAUACCAAACACUCGUCCAAGACGUCGCAUCAUCUCUACGACGGUGCCAUCGAUAUCAGUUGGCCCAAGGGCGUAACACACAUAGGCGCGGGGCUGCACAACACUGGCAAUACGUGCUUUCUCAACAGUGCCCUCCAAUGUUUGCUUCAUACCCCCGGUCUACUCCACAUCCUUCUCGCUCAUACCAAGACCGACCCAUGUCGAGCGAAGGGCUUUUGUAUGUCUUGUUGCUUGCGAGGUGUCUUGUUGAACUCGCAUUUCACUCGACAACGUUCUUUCACUCCCGCACAAGUCACCAACAACCUCUCAGCCAUCGCUAAACACCUAAGACGAGGGCGACAGGAAGACUCGCACGAAUUCUUGCGCUAUGCCAUAGAUGCUCUUCAAAAAUCAUGUCUCGCAGGAUACCCUCCAAAACUCGACCCGAAGCUCGCAGAGACGACAUGGGUCCACAAGCUUUUCGGUGGGAAGCUCCGGUCGAGAGUGACCUGCCAGAGCUGCGGCCACAAUAGCGACACGUUCGAUAACAUCCUCGACCUCAGCAUCGACAUCUUCGGCGCCAGCUCCGUUCAGCAGGCUUUGAAGAAGUUCGUUGCCAUCGACUCCUUGAAGGGUGCCGAUAAGUACAAGUGCGAUGCAUGCAAACGUCGCGUCGUCGCCGAGAAACGUUUCACGAUCCACGAAGCCCCCGUCGUCCUGACCAUCCACCUCAAGCGUUUCUCCCCGCUCGGCCGCAAGAUCGGCCACGCGAUCAAAUACGACGAGAAACUGACCCUGGCGCCAUACAUGAGCGAAGGCCAGUUCGGGCCCUCGUACGCCCUCUACGGCGUCAUCUCCCAUGCGGGCGGGGGCCCGAACUCGGGGCACUAUUAUGCGCAUGUGAGGGGCCCGAAUGGGAGCUGGUAUGAGAUGAAUGACGAGACGGUGACGCCGGCGGGGAUGGGGGGUGAGGCGCCGACGGGGUUGAGGAGUGCGUAUAUGUUGUUUUAUGUGAUGGAGAAGGGUCAGGCGUUGCAGGCUGCGGUGGGGAUGAAUGGGGCUGGGGCGUACGUGAACGGAAAUGCGCAUUCGAAUGGACACGGACAGAAUGGGGCGGUGAAUGGCAGGAAUACCAAGAGUGUGAUUGGGGCGAUGAAUGGGAAGAGGAAGAGUAUAGACAGGGAGAUGGAGGAGGAGAAGACGACGCCUAAUAAGCGGCCGUUCAUCGGGCCUGUGAUGCCUUCCCAGUCGACUCUGCCCUCACCCUCGCCCACGCCUUCUCCUUCACCUUCUGGCUCGAAGGACCCGCAGGCAUUGGCAUUGAAGCGUAAGAUCGAGGCGGUCAAGGCGAAGCAGGGGCAGAGACAAGGAUCGCCCUCUCCGAAACCAAAGCAGAUGAAGAAAUCGAAUGCUCUGUUGGCGAUUUCGCAGGAGUAUGGGGAUGAGGACGACGAGGACGAGGAGGAUGGAGCAGACGAUGUUGGGGAGAAGGUGGUGAUGAAUGGGACUGGCAAAGAGAAGGGCAAGGAGAAGGAGGCUGCGCCACAGUCCCCGCCCCAAUCCCCCACUACCUCCAAAUCUACAUCCGCCCCACCACCACACCCACCAGCUUCCUUAUCACCCACACCCACACCCGCACCAACAGCGGCAUCAUCAUCACAACCCGCAUCCUCCCCCGCGCCCAUCCCGCCAUCGAGCUUCUACGGCACCGUUCCCCCUACCGCUUCUACCUCAUCGAAGCCCACCAACACCAAAGGCAACAAGCGUAAGUCCCCAUCGAACGAAGACGACGACGAGCCGCCACAGACGCCGAAAUCCGCGGCCGUGAAUAUUAAUGGGUUCAAGUCGCCCGGGUCGAACACGCCGCGGAUUAUUGGGAUUGGGGGCGGAGGGGACCCGUAUGAGCGAACGAGCUCGAUGUUUAGGCAGAGCGACAAGUGGAAUCCGAAGAAGUAUGGUGGAGGAUGGAAGAAGAGGAGGACGGCGCUUUGAGUGCGUUCGUGCACGGUUGGGAGGUUCUCACUUUUUCGGUCGCGACUGCUUAGCGCGUGGUGCUUGUGGACGGUAGUACUCUUUUACGAGCGGACAUGGCGUGUCGGUGUUGGUUUGCUGUGGUGGCGAUAUCGGGUUGCUUCGGUGGAUAGGCGGUAAGUAGAUGUGGCGUUUCUCUUUUAUUUUCAUUUUCAAGUUGCGACAGCCGGUAGGUAGAAUUAUUGCUCUAGUUGUAUCCCUCUGAAUUUCUGAAUGUAUCAUAGCUCAUCGUAGCGCCAGUAGUAGUAGCACAUGCACGGGUCUUCUAAAUUCUCGAGCAAGACUGUGCUUUCCUCUUUUUUCGUUUUUCGUCAAUCAAUCAAUUCAAUAGCCAAAGGCUUUCUU